AGUAGGCCCAUUUGAGUUUGGAGUGCGAAUUGCGAACGGCCCAGGCCCCCAGCAUUACACUCCUCUGUUCUCUCGCAGUGUCGUGCGUGCCCGUGCGGCUAGUUCAAGGAAUGUUGUCCAAAACCAAAAUCAACACUCUCUCCAACCUCAACGCAAGAUCAAUAUCAAGCCUCAAAGUGGUGUGGCGCAAGGACCAAGCACUAGACCGAGCCCUAGAGCACGACAAGCGUUACAAGCAAUGUGCCCGCGUCGUCAAAGAAGUCCUCAACGAGCCUGGUCAAGUCAUCCCUCUUCGCUACCUCGAAAAGCGCCGCCAAAGGAUGCGCCUCAAGCUCAAAGCAGAAACCUUUCUCAACCAAAACCCCGGCUUGUUCGAUGUCUACUACGAUCGCGUCAAACCCAAAACCCAACCGGUCCGCUUUAUCCGCGCCACCGAUCGCCUUCGCCAAUUUCUUCAGGAAGAGCAACGAAUUCUCAAAGAGAACGAGCCCUUCGUUGUGUCCAAGUUGUGUAAACUGUUGAUGAUGUCGAAGAAUAAGGUUGUUAGUGCUGAUAAGUUGCUCCACGUCAAGAGGGAGUUUGGAUUCCCGAACGAUUUUUUGGUGGAUUUGGUUCCUAGGUAUCCUCAAUAUUUUAGGCUAACUGGGUUUCCUGGGGAGGGGAAAUCGUUUCUAGAACUGGUUAAUUGGAACCCCGAGUUUGCAAAAUCUGUUAUUGAGCAAAGGGCAGAAGAGGAGAGUGAGCGUUUGGGGAUUAGGGUUAGGCCUAGUUUCAAUGUGGAGCUUCCCCGAGGGUUUGUUUUGAAGAAGGAGAUGAGGGAGUGGGUUAGGGAUUGGAUGGAGCUUGAUUAUGUAUCCCCUUAUGAGGAUGUGUCCCAUUUGGAUCAGGCUUCUAGAGAGAUGGAGAAGAGGUCUGUUGGAGUGUUCCAUGAGCUGCUUUCACUUUCCUUGCACAAGAGGAUUCCUGUGCCCAUCCUUGGAAAGUUUUGUGAUGAGUAUAGGUUUUCAAAUGCAUUUUCCAGCACUUUCACAAGGCAUUCCGGGAUAUUUUAUUUGUCCUUGAAAGGUGGCAUUGAGACGGCUGUGUUGAGGGAAGCAUAUAAGGGUGAUGAGUUGAUUGACCGGGAUCCGCUGCUUCGGAUAAAAGAUAAGUUUAUUGAGUUGUUGGAGGAGGGGUGGCGGCAAAGGGCGGAGCAGUUGAGGUUGAAACAAGAGAAGAUUAAGGAAGAUAUGAUGCUAAUGGCCACGAAAGUUGGUGAGUAGAAGUGUGAAACAGGCAUGUGGAUAUGAAGAGCUUUCAAUUUGGAGGAUUUUUGUGAGGGAAAACCUUUACCGAUGCUGCCCAGUACAAUCCUCCUCAUUUUGUUUGAUUGUUAGUCUUGAGAUGCAUGAAUUGUUGAAGAAAAUUUAAAUGGUUCCCUCUUAGGACUCUGUUAUUGAGAAAUGUUUCAGUAACUAGCUUUUGGCUUAGUAAUAUUAAUAUAUCCAGAGAUCAUUUUCUCACCAUGUUUGUAUUGAUGAGAGUUGAGACCAACUUAAAAUAUGGAGGGUCGGGACGGAUUAGUGUUUAAGUAAUGUUCCCUUUUACUUGCGAUCGUCUAUAACAGCUAACAUAAUGUCAAAAUGUCAGAAACCAAAGUAUUGCAUUGUAUUCCUUGAAAAUGUUAGAAGCUGAGUGUUUUCGAUAUAUUCCAUCUUGUUGAAAUGCACUUAUAUCAUAAACUUGUCCAUAGCUAUUGGGCUAUUUAACAA